AUGGUUCGUUCAACCAUCAUAGUCCGAGCGUCAGAUGCUCUUCCUCUCGCCGCCAGCGUCGACGACGAACAGACGGAGCAUUCGCUUCAAGAGCACAAGCAGCAGGCGAAACUCAUCUUUCGACGCAUUACACCAAAUUCUGAACCUCGCUUGUCAAUAGAAAGCGCCGCGUAUACCUUACACUACCUCAUAGCGGAUAAUGUCGUAUACCUCACCAUAGCCGAUAAAUCCUAUCCACGAAAGCUAGCUUUUUCAUACCUCGAUGAACUCUCCAAGGAGUUCGCCAACUCAUACGGACCUAAGGUGGACGGAGUACGGAAACCAUAUGCGUUUGUCGGCUUCGAUACUUUCAUGUCAAAAACUGCGCGGUUAUACAGUGAUACGCGUACAGCAAACGCAGCCGGCAACGGUCUUGAUAGGCUGAACGAUGACUUGCAGGAUGUGACGAGAAUAAUGACCAAGAACAUGGAGGAACUGCUGUGGAGAGGCGAUUCACUCGACAGAAUGUCACAUCUGUCAAGUUCGCUGCGUUCAGAGUCGGAAAAAUACCGCAAGGCUGCAAGAAACAUCAACUGGCAGGCUGCUCUGCGGCAAUACGCACCAAUUGGCGGUAUCGUCCUCUUUCUCUUGAUCUUCCUAUGGUGGCGAUUCUUCUAGAGUAUUGUUUUUGCAUACUAUUCUGAUCUCUCGGGCCGUGGACGUUACACUGUGCUUCUGUAAAUAUAUAUCUCGCACCUUGGACUCGUUGCAGACCGCUUCGCUUGCUUGAAAGUAUUCACCGUGCCACCUUGUUCAAUCAUUCAAUAUUCAGGACCCGUUUCACCUCUCGCCCGCGCAAUCUUGUGCAUCUAAUCUAAUCUUAGUGCACGUCAUGAGCAUGAUAUAUAUUAGGAGAUCGCUCGAAAGGAGCCGCACUUUGCUCCGAAUGUAUUGUGUGUGGUACUAUCAGAAGCCAUCUACACACGAGGCAUCCGCUAGGCAGGGAGCCAUCGCAGGCGUGCCCUCUUCUUUCAUACCUCCACGACGAGUCUCUUGACUCCCUUCUC